AUGGGUGGCGGAGACUUGAAUAUGAAGAAGUCCUGGCACCCGCUCCUGUUGAAAAACCAGGAGCGGGUCUGGCUCGAGGAGAAGAAAGCGCUCGAAGAAAAGAAGAAGCUUGAUCAACUUCGAAAAGAGAAAGAAGAGGAGCGACAGCUGCAGGAGUUGCAGCGCAUGCAGGAGGAGCAGACGGGCAAGAAGCGGCAGGAGAAGCUGGACUGGAUGUAUACCACGCCAGCCACAGGGAGUAACCAGAAUGCGAACGAUCUGGAGGAUUAUUUACUUGGGAAGAAGAGGGUUGACAAGAUUUUGACUGCUGGGGAAAAUGAGAAGAUUGGCGCAGCCCACAAGAGCUUCAUUGCUACUCAGUACGCUAACACUGUUCGCGACACUGCCAUGAAGAUUCGUGAAGAUCCACUGUUCGCCAUCAAGCAGCAGGAGCAGGCUGCAUAUCAAGCACUUAUGGCCAAUCCACUGCGUUUGCGAGAGAUGCAGGAACGCAACGGGAUCAAAGCAAAGAAGGACAAGAAGGACAAGAAUCAUAAGAAGAAGGACAAAUCCAGCAAAGACAAACACAGAGAUCAUUCUGUCUCACCAUAUCCCGAACGUCGCCGAUCCUUAUCUCGCGAUCGUUAUUCUCAUUCGCGAAGGUCCCCUAGCCCUUACGGGCGAAGGUCAAGGUCGCCCGUCUUACGAUCCCGAUACAUUGACGACUACGAUCGUCGCGACGAUGGUUAUGACAGACGAGGUCGCAGCCGCAGCCGCACUCCUGAUUCAUAUCCUCGUAGGGGCAGAGAUAUUGAUGAUAGGCCCAGAGAUAGCAGGAGGGAAGACGACAGGGUGCGUACGUGGCCGAAAUCGGACGAGUCUGACGACAAUGGCUACAACUCCCGCCCACGCCGGAGUCGCAGCAGGGAGGACGACAGGAAGCGCCGACAAUAUCCUAGCAGAAGUCCAGAUCGACACGGAUCCUCCUUCAAACGAUCACGCAUAAGUCCACCCCCGGCUGUACAUCCGCUGAGUUCUCAAAGCUCUGGCGCGCACAACACAGGCGACGACGAUCGUGCCGCUCGUCUGGCGGCUAUGAUGACGGAUGCGUCUACAAUGUCAGUUGAUCGCAGAGAGCGCCUUACGACACUGCUGGAGCAGGAGAAGGCAGAGUUCGAAGCAGAGGAGCGAGCUAGGGCGAGGUCAAAAGGCAUGGGUGGAUUCUUGAGUCAUGAGCAGAAGAAGGUGUUCGGUGGCGUCGGUGGGAUUGAAGAGCGCAUCCGAAGAGGACGGGGUCAAAUGCGGGUCGACGCCGACUGA